GGUCUUCCUUGCCUUUCUGGCAUUUAAAAAGUGAAGUUCAACAUAAGCUUCUGCUUCCAAUUUAUGAAUUUAAGCCAUGACUGAAUAUUGUGAUUCUUAUGGAAAGGUUUUAGAUGAAGAGACAGUGAGCAAUAAUACUCAAAGUUCUGCCAAAGAAACUGAUUGUGAAAAUGAAGUCAUUGCAAGGCCAUUUAUUGAAGAAAAUGGACUGAAUAGACCUGUAUCUCAGCGCAUAGUUGAUCUAGCUGAGGCAAUUUUAUCCCUUCAGUCUCCAGAUGACUUGGAUGUUCAUACACUAGCUGCUCAAAUAAGAUCCAUUAGUAAUGAGUUGGACUAUAAGUGGCUUUGCACCCAGAUCUGCAGUGCAGGUUCAAGCAACCGUAGAGCAGCAAGUGUAGUGGCUGCUGUGUGCAGAGAAACUGCAACUCAUGCUGUGGGAGCAACUAAAAUGAGAAGUCUCUUGUUCAGGACUGCCCAAAGCUUAUAUGAUGAACAUGACUUACUUUCCAAAACUGACCACAAAAAAUUUGUCACUGGGACAUUGUUCUUGGGAGAGCUUUUCUACUAUGUCAAGAGCGAAUCAGGGUCACCAUUUGCAGUUUUAGCCCAACCCCUAGUGAUGAUGCUUGAUAAAAUUCUCCAGAAAUAUUUAAUGCAGCCACAUACGCUCAAUCGACAUCAUUUACCAGCAUCACAACAUUCCUGUAAGAAGCAGAACAUUUCAUCACCUACGAGACUCCUUGAAAAACUUGAUAUUUCCCAUGAUUCUGAAAGUCAUGCAACAAAAAUGGAUAAUAUUACUAGAAAUGAAGAAUCAGUCAACCCUAGAAAGAAAGAUAAUAGUGUACACUACGAUCCACUAGCCAGCAAAAGCAAUUCUUGUACUGAAACCAAAGAUUGUGUGCCAAAAAAUGAAAGUGUUGUAAAUUCUACUGUGUCAAAUGAUGGAAAUGUUGUUAAUGAUCUAGAUGACAGAAAUGUGGUUACCUGUAAUGAACGAGAAAACUAUGAUGAAUUUGAUAUUAGAAAUCAUGAUGAUGAUCAUUUUAAUGAUGAUAAUAAUGAGGGCAGAGUAAAUGUAGACCAAGACAUAACACCUGACAUGCAUGAGAGUCCAGGUGUAGACGAGGAUGUCAGAAGCUUGGCAGAGCAGCUAGAUGAAGAUGUCAUGGUGGUUGCUAGGCAGUUGCUGCAGAAUGGCGAGUGGCUGCUGCGGUUGUGCCCUGAUGGCGUGGCACGUCUUGUGCAAGGCGUCACGGAGCUUCUGUGCCGCGCCUGCCUCUCCAGCACUGCCACCCUCCAGGUGGCCUCAGCGCUAGCGGAAAUGUGGCCGCUGCUCAGCCCGGCCGUCCACCCGCGCACCAGCCACGCCGUCCUGGCCGCUAAGAUGGGCCUCUCCCUCAACCUCUGAUGCAUGAUGUCCUCUGAUGCAUGAUGUCCUCUGAUGCAUGAUGAUGUCCUCUGGUGCAUCAUGUCCUCUGGUGCAUGAUGUCCUCUGAUGCAUCAUGUCCUCUGAUGCAUCAUGUUCUCUGAUGCAUCAUGUCCUCUGAUGCAUCAUGUCAUCUGAUGCAUCAUGUUCUCUGAUGCAUCAUGUCCUCUGGUGCAUCAUGUCCUCUGAUGCAUCAUGUUCUCUGAUGCAUCAUGUCAUCUGGUGCAUGAUGUCCUCUGAUGCAUCAUGUCCUCUGAUGCAUCAUGUCCUCUGAUGCAUCAUGUCCUCUGAUGCAUCAUGUUCUCUGAUGCAUCAUGUCCUCUGGUGCAUCAUGUUCUCUGAUGCAUCAUGUUCUCUGAUGCACAGUGAUGAUCUGUGAUGUUUGCUGAUGCAUGCCUAUUCUUUCUGCUAAUGCCCUCUGAUACUAACUGAUAGUUCAUGGUUACAAGCUAAUUAUCUCGCAAUUAUCUUUUAUCUUUUAACCUGAUACUCUACAGUUACAUGCUAAUUAUCUCAAACUCUGCACCAGACUGUCUUUCAUCUUCCAAUUCUUACUUAUGCUACAGUAAUUAAUUUUACUUUAUGAAAAUUGGCUCAAGCAACGGAACCAAAUUUUCUCUAGCCUUUGAUUUUUGAUUAUAUUAUCCAUAUGUGCAAUUUCACUUUUAUUAAUUCAAAAUUGAUAUUUUACACCGUACGAUUACAAAAUCGCUUUUGAUUGUUGUGGUGUCUAGAUAUUUCUACAGACUCUUCGAGUGCAAUACAACGCCUGAACUUGUUAUCUCAGAAGUGUAUCGCUAUUUUGUAUCUUGAAUGUCAAUCUGUACGUCUCAAAUUCCACUAGAUUUUACAUUUAUUUUAUAAAAAUCUCGUUUAGUAAAAUAACUUGUCAAUUUGAGUAUAUAGUUAGUGUACUCGAGUAUUAAAACUACCAUGAAUUGAAGGGACUCUUUAUGAAAAUAAAGUUAUUUCAUUCAAUAAUAGCGUAAGUUUUUGAUCGAGCAAUUUGUCGGCUGUUUUCUCUGGUCACUUCUUUGAAUUUGUAUAUACCGUAAGUUUUUAAUUUUGUUUGAGUCAUCAUGUGUUCUAUGUGCCUCGUAUAUUAUCGCCUAUACAAAUUGUUUAUCCUUGAAAAUUUGAGCAUUUCUACAUCUUUGUCUCUAGUUUGUUUGUUUUACUACAAACUUGCAAUCAACGGUCAUUAUUUUUCACAAACAUCUGAUGGUGUCUGAUCUGUCAUGGUGCAUCUGAUUUUUUAAAUAAUAAUUUUUUGUGUAUUCAAAAGUAUUGAUUCGUUUUAAACACUAUGGUAUUUCGUGGAAGUAAUUUUAAUAAUACGGGAAGGGCAACUUUGUACAAUUUUCCGCCAAAUUCACAAUCGUUGUGUCGUAUUAUUAUCACUUUAAAGAAAAUAAAUUAUUAUUUAUUAUAAAUUAUAAUGAUAAGUGCAAGAGCAAGAAAGGCUGGAAAACGUGAUCUCACUCACUGCCUUCCGUUUAGAUAUUGUAUGUUAAUAAUAUUUUAUAGACUUGCUCUAUAUAAAAGAAGCGUUUCAAUAUGGUUUUUGAAAAGUUUUAAUAUUGAUUCCCGAAUUUCAAAUAAGUUAGAAUGUUAAAAAAUUUUCAAUCCUCCAGUUAUCAGCGACGAGCUAUUACCUCUCAUGUUCAGUAACAUGUUUUAUGCUGAUUGAACUGAAUGUUAUUUGAUGAGCGCCUGCUAUCUAAACUUCUACGUGCGGUAUUCUACCGUUUGACUAUAAAUUUUUUAUUUUAUUUACCUAAAUCUCAUUUUAGAGCUACUUUCUAUUGCCAUUUAUUGCUUAUUUUUGGGGCAGCUUUCAAUCGCAGCUGGUAAUUUCUAUGGCUCAUCAAUGUUUUAAUGUUCAUGAUAGGGUUUGUUGAAUUGCAGCUUCUUCAUUAACUGAAUAUGAGUAGAUUCUCUUAGUUGAUUAUCUUAGGCUUAAUUAGAUGCGAAAAAAAUUACGAAUAACUCUGAUUGAACAAAUGAAAACAAAAAUUAAUAACUCGGCAAUAAACCACACAACGAUUCCAGUUGCAGACUUCAAAUGACGUUCUACUGUCGUGUUAAAAUCACGGACCUAAGAUGAUCUUUUUGACCAACAACUUAUUCCUGAAUUAAAAACUUGUAAAUAUUCUUGUAUUAAUUAGAACUUUUUGAAAUGAUGUAGUACAAAGUGUUUAUAAAUCAUAACACUGUUAGUACUUUUUAUAUAACGGUAAACCGAAUUUCAAUGUAGGUAUCUGUUCAAUUGAAGUAUCACAUUGAUAGCGUUAUGACUGCAUAAAAAAGCUGCCGAAUAAUGUAAUUUGUAUUCUUUAUUUUCAUUUAGAGUCAUAUCUUAUCUCAAUUGUUCUCAAAUAUGAUAGUUUCACUGUAUUCUUCAUUGCCUUAUUUGUUAUGUGACUUGUCGUUGUCAUAACUCCAAUUGUGAACCAGAGAAUAACUUCUAGUCCGUACCGAAAUUAUAUUCUAAUUGAUAAGUAUAUAUAAACCAAUUGUUAAUUCUAUCUAUGUUUUCUGAUUUUGUUCGCGUUAAUUUUCCCAUCUCAUUAUCGUUGAGCAAGUUUUACUCAUGAACUAAUAUUUAAGUUCCAUCCUCCUUCACUGUUUGGUUAAGCUCUCAUAAUGUCCUUAUUUCCUUGCGAUUCCUUCAUCAUAUUUGUGUCGUGUGCAAUUUAUUCUACUCGAAUCCUUAAGAGAUCCAAAGUUGAAGGGAAAAUUUGCAUCGCUGUUUUCCAUUUAUUCAGGAUUUUAGAUUUAUUUUUCUGUCCGUUUUCGCACGUUUUCCUGAUUAUUUCGCGACUCAUUUGAAUCAUAAACGAAAAAGAGGCGUGAUUAUAUUAUUUUAUUACUGCAUCUAAUGAGAACUGAAAUUUAAUAUUCUGUUAUGAACAACAAAUGACUACGUUAUCCUGCUAUGAAUUGAAACAUGGCGACUUAACAAAAUGGUAACAUAAAAAUUGUCUUUGUAACAAGAUGGUCAUGAGCGAAUAUGUAAUACGCGCACCAACUCUGCUACUGCAGACAAGUUCUCCCGUCACUCUGAAUGAAAUUCCUGUGUGUUGAUUGCAAUUUUGGUGUAAUUUGUACGUAAACUACCAGUGAUAAGUAUUCUCUACGGUUGCGACUUGCAUGAAUAAAUGAAGACACUCUGUGACGGAAGACCUUGUAGACAAAGAUUAUGGUACGUUGAAUCAGGUUAGCAAAAUUGCAUAACAAAUUCAGUCGGUAAUGAUUCAGUUUGUGUCUGAAAUCCGUUUCUGUUCACCAGUUGUGUUGGUGUAUUGCGGUGAAUGUGCAAUAGCUGUCCUUAUUUCAUCGUUUUCUCUUUUUCCGUUUUAUUUUAUAACUUAGUUUAAUUAAUGCAAAACAAUGUUCAAUUUAACGACUGUAAAACAUUUUUCAGUUUAAUUACCGUAAAACAUUUUUCCUGCUUAUAACUCGUCGACGCUUUCGUGUCUCGGUUGAGCCGAAAUUCUGUUGAUGUUUUCGAUGGCCUUGAACAUUCAAGCAAAUUGUUACGGUACUGAUGCUGAUUUUGAACUUGUAAAGUAAUCCUUGUUUCACGCUCUACUUAGGAUUGGCUUACAGAACCGAUGUGCAUGUUAGAACGAGUCUAUCCAUAACUGAUCAUUCAGCCGAUACAUAACUCAUAUUCAGCCUGUACUUGUCUCAUAAUUACGUCUUUGCACUAUUACAGGACUGGCUUAUAGAACUGAUUUAUGAUUCACAACAAGCCGAUACAUAACUGACAAUUCCGCCACUGUUUCCAACAGUACUACAGGAUAAGCGUACAGAACUGAUUAGUGUGUCGGAACAACCACAAAACGUUAACGCUUGCUUGUGUUAACGUGAUUCUCAAGUCAAACUACCUAUGUCAAAUGUUGAUAACGAUUUCUUCCGUGCAAGACUUCUCCUCGAAAUAGGUAGAUGAAGUUCUUGGUUUUUGAAUGGAGGAUUUUCGUUGCUUAAUGAUCGAUUUCUAACGAUACAAGUGUCACUUCAAUUCAGAGGCCUCCAUGGUGUGAUAUCAGUGCUUGCGGUAAUUUGUUUCUCUGUAAGAACAAUUUUAUUUUCAUAAUGCCCUAACUUAAAGGUUUUAUUUCGAAGCAUUGGCUACGUAGUGCUUGCUUUGUUCAAUAUUUAGCUUUCGUGUAGGCAUUUCUCUACAGAUGCUUCGUCUAACGUGCCUCUAUUGUCCUGAGAUACACUGAAUUUUCCACGUUCUCGGGACGAUUUUUAUCACCGAUUUAAUAAUCUUAUGUAGCUAAAUAUUUGAAGCGAUGGUAAACAUAUGGCCACCAAAGUAUCUAACAAGCUUGAUAAUCUUAUGAUCAAGUUGCUGGUGGCCUGAACAGUUCAUUCUCCCAGGCCGGUAUUUAAACACCUGCCAACUGGAUGUUUGACUUUCAUUUUAAUCACUAGGUCACAAGUCGGCCAAAUUUUAUAGUUCGCGGUAUCCAGGCUUAAAGGGUUUCUUUGUUGGUUUUAGUGAUGAGGAGAGCAAGCCUCACUACCAGGAGCUUUAUUAUUAAAACUCGCCUUGGUAUUCGAAGCGUCUGGCUACUCGUCUGAUUGGUGGGAUCAGCUUUGAGCAGUGAUAGGUUGAGGGAGUUAUGAACAUUUAACUACUCUUAAUAAUAAGGUCACUUUACUUUCAACCAAAAUUGUACCUGGACAUUACUACAUUUUCCUCUCAACGGCGCAUUUUUUUCAUCUUACGGAUUAGAAACCUGCAGAAAGGUAAUGUUGUAGCGUGUAAUGUGGCUGAACGCAAAUUUGACUAGUUAUAGCACAACCAUUUUUUUGGAACAUUAUGCCGUAUGUAAUGUACCACAGAUGCCGUGCACCUUUCGUUCCCUUCACAUGCCGGACAUCUGAAUAAAGCGCAGGGAAUUGCAAAUUUAUUUUUUAUAAAUGAAGUGAACAAAAUUUGUGUGCAGAAGUUGAGAAGGGAUUGGGUGACGAUAAAGCGAUAAAAGACAUGACUUGAUCACAAAGCUGGGGAAUAUAAUGUAGGGGGCCGUUAAUUUGUUCUCUAUAAACCUAGGACAUGGAGGGUUGACCAAAGACAAGUUAAACUGACGUUAUAGGAACGCUGCGGCACCUAAGCAGGAUUAAGUGUGCGUCAAGCUUAUCUGUACAAGGACCCUCAAGUCCACGCCAAGAGUCGUUGUUCUAUUGACCGUCACGCAAGCACGGUCUGCAGCUAAUUCUGCAGACGUAGACGACGGCCAUGGCCGGUAUUGACAGCCACUCGAAAGUUCGGGUCAUUUAUACAUUCAUACGACGACUCGUAUUAGUUACUGUCAAUAUCCUUACUAGCGCUGAUGAUCGGGACCGUACCAAUUAUAUUAUUGAUGGGCGGUGUUCGAUACCCGAAUAUCAAUUUCAGCUUAAAGAUCGCUGAACGUCUCUUUGUCCCUUGAGUGGUUUCACGGCAAAGUGGCGGCCCCAGUGUUUAUAUUGACCUUAACUAAUAAGACGAAAUUGAGAUUGCUACUUUUAUAUAGACUUUUGACGUUCGUGCAACAGGUUUGUCGUAUGAAUGUAUAAAUGACCCGAACUUUCGAGUGGCUGUCAAUACCGGCCAUGGCCGUCGUCUACGUCUGCAGAAUUAGCUGCAGACCGUGCUUGCGUGACGGUCAAUAGAACAACGACUCUUGACGUGGACUUAAGGGUCCUUGUACAGAUAAGCUUGACGCACACUUAAUCCUGCUUAGGUCCCGCCACGCUCCUACAGCGUCAGUUUAACUUGCCUUUGGUCAGCCCUCCAUGUCCUAGGUUUAAUUAAAAUAAACUAACUGCUCCUACGUUAUUCUGCCCCUGCAGCUUUCUGGUAAAGCCAUAUCUUGUCUUUCAUUGCUUCAACGUCGCCCAGUCCCGUCUCGACGUCUGCAUAAGUUUCAUGUUCGAUUUUUCUAUACAAAACAAAAUCUUUUCAGUCUGACGACUGUUUGAAUUAUUCAAAUACUAAAGUGCAGAAUUAUCUUUCAGUUUCAACUAUAUAUGCUGGAGCAAGUAUGUUUGUUACGCUUUGUUAUAGCUGGCACUGGGAUAACAAAAAGCAGGUUAUCGAAUGAUUUUAAUAUAAUGCGUUGAUACGUAUAGUAAUUUUCAAUUAAUUAAAGGUGUAACAACACUUCAAUUUGUAGUACAUUGCAAUGGGUACAUUGGUACAGAUUGAAACAAACCUAAAAAUUACUUGGAAACUAAUUUCAACGUCCUGAUGAAUUCGGUGGUUUUUAGAUUGAUAGCUGGCGACUCAUUCUUGCUAAUGAGAGCUUCAGUUAUCGCCAGUCUUGACGAUGCUGGUGCAGGCCUCCAAUGUGUCGGGACUGAGUGUCUCGCUAUGGGACUCCCUUAUGCGAUUCUUUGGCUCUCCACUUCUUUAUUUAUAACAAAGUAUAUUUGUUUGACUGCAACGACUUGCCCGCUCACACGCCGCUACAAUAUGGAUGGCGAAAGAACCGCAUUAAAGACGCUUACAGCGAGACCGUCACUCCGCGACAUUGGAGGCCUGCACCAGCAUCAUCAUGCAGUGCCCCGACGCUUCAAGACUGGCGAUAACUAAAUGCCUCAAAAGCAAGGAAUUGCCAGCUAUCAACCACAAGCCACCGAAUUCUUCAGGACGUUUAAAUUAGUUUCCGAGUAAUUUUGAGUUUCAUGUUUCCAUCUGUAACCAAUGUACUAAUUGUUUUUACUCAAUACGCUUCAAAUUUAAGUGUUCUAUUAAGUUUCAAGUGUAUUUGUUUUAAGUGUUCUAUUAAAAUGUCAUUCGAUAAUCUGCUUUUUGUUCUCCCAAUGACAGCUAAACUUUUGUUCGACAAAAUGCACAAUAAUUUAUUCAAUGACACAUGCACAAAUGAAUAACUCCUAUCUAACUAUACAAAUUAUUGUGCAUGAUUGUAGCUUCAACAUUUCUUAUUGGCGCAACCCUAUGACCAGUUUGUUAAUCUGUAUACGCUGUGUAAAGGUUUCUUGUUGAGCUUUUGUUUUAUACUUAGUAUCUCAGUAAGUGCAUUCCAUGAAAAAGCAUUCCCCGGCUGCAAAAGUACACGUGUCAAUUUUUA